AGAAAUUUUUUUAACGGCUCACUUGGCAACAGAAAGCAGAGGACGCACAGAGGCCAUUAAACUACUGACUGGUCAAUGGAUUUGCAGAAAUCAACUUACAAACCUGGAGCAGUUGGCUGUUUAGAAUAAUAUCAAAAACAUGGAGACAGAUACGGGUAUACUGCAGAUGAGGGCAAAUAAAGUCAGUGAAGAUGAUGCAGUGGUUGCUCAGGCAGCAGAAAUUGUUCAAGGAAUCACUUUUAAAGCUCUGCAGAUCCUGGAGGAACAUGAGGAAAUGUAUGAUUUGUCAGCAGAGGAGGGAGAUGACUCCGUAUUCUACAGCGACGAAGAACACUCAAUUCAAGAAACGGAGGCAAAAAUAAAAUGUGAUUUUGGGGCUCGAAAAGAUAAGGAAAAGUGCAUUUUCAAUAUCGGGGCUGCUGGAGGAGUAUCUACACAGACAACUGAUGAUGAAGGUACAAGUGAAAAUUUUGGAAAAGAUAAUUCAGAGAUGGAGAAGCAAAUUGCUGAGAUGGUUUGGGUCAAUCUGACUGAUCUAGAAGAGGAGCAUCAAGAGCUGCAGCCACCAAAGGACAGAAACAUUUCUCUUUCAGAGCCUGCAGAUUCAGGCCAAACUCAAAAAAAUGUACCGAUCACCUGUGGUCUCGUGUGCACUGUCGCAGACACACCAACACAGCAUGAUGCAUCAGCGGAGAAAGAACUACCAGGUGAAGACGACGAGGUCAAUCCCAUGUCAUCAUCUGCAGUGCUGCUGAAAACAGAGACGGCAAACUCUGAACCCUUUGAUGUGUCCAAUGAGAAGCGCCAAGCAAAUCUGAAUUGGGAGACACUGAUCCUCAAGCAACCGAUUCCUGAUCAAGUCCACAUAUCUACUGACGGUCAGCAGGAGGUGGAUCAGGACCCACAGCAGGACCGCAACCCCCACUGUCUCACGUGGUCACACCAGGGGCCCAAUCCAGGAACUAAACCUGUGCCUAACAAAUCCAGAUACAACACUGUGUCCUACCGCAAAAUCCGCAAAGGCAACACCCGCCAGAAGAUCGAAGAGUUUGAGUCCAUGAUAAUGAAUCUGUAAAUAUUAACAGCC